AUGUUGAAACUCGGACGAGUAAUAAAACCUAAAAAGGAAGUUAUUACUCUUCAAAUAGAAGAGUUUUUGUUAAAGGAUAAAAUGUGGCAAGAUCCUGUGGAAGUUAAGCUCUCUGUAGAGACAGAGAAGUUUGCAUGUGGAGGAUUCAGGGAUGCAUUUAUUGCUGAAGCAAUUUCUGGAAUUUCCCCUCGAAAAUAUGUGUUGAAACGGUACAAAGGAGAAACAGUAAACUCCAUCAUAGAGUUAUUCGAAUCAACAGAAAUUCACACCCGUAAGUCAGUGCAGAUGAAUGCCCUUGCACAAAACUUUGCAAAGGCACUUGUGCAAGAAAAGCCAGAGGAUUUUGGUGAUAGUUUUAAUUACAUCAAAGUGUACUUUGCCAAACACAAUGAUGAUUGUGUCACAUUGGAACCAUAUCUUGAUGGUCCAUUCCGUAAGUUUGUAAACAAUAAUGGUGACAUAAUACCACUAGAUGAUGAAGAGGCAUCUUUGAAAGCACAAUGUUUCUGCCACUACACAUAUGUUAAGUCAGGAAAGCAAUUGAUGGUUCUAGACAUCCAGGGUGUUGGUUACAAUCUUUGUGACCCUGAAAUUGCAAGUACAAAUCUGAAGGAUGUUGAUAAUGAGCGUAUCCUGUUCUGUUCAGGAAACUUAUCUCUUCAAGCAAUAGAGACCUUCUUAAUAUUUCAUUCUUGUAACAAGUAUUGCAAAUUACUUGAUAUUGUUGAACAAGAAUAA